AUGGCUGCAGCAGCAGAAGAGGAGGCUUCGCAUGCAAACCAAAGUCAAAGAGAGAACCCGGUCCUACCGGCAGCCAUGGGAGCCUGUCUUAAUGAUGGCAAACCCCAAGCGUUGAAGAAGCGACAGAACAAAAAGUGUAAGAACGAAAAGAGUAAAACUGAGUGUACAGAUCCUCAGUCAAUUAACGAAAAAAAUGUGCAAAUGGCCGAUCAGGAUGAUGACAACCCUGAGAAGGGGUCAGAUUCUAAUGCUUUAUCUCGAGUAUCAAAUGAGCCUGAUCAAGGACAGAUGGAGACGACAGAGGAGACAGUGGCUGUCAAAUGA